UUGAAUCGAAAUCGAGCCAAACGAACUAGUAUUAAAAGACCUUCAUAGUUACAUGGGCAAACAACAAAUUUCAGAAACUUCCGUGCCCAUACUACAACUUUGAGAUCAUUGUGUCACUAAUUGAAAUAUUUAACAAACUUUAGUGGAAAGGAAUCAAAUGUGUGGGUCCCACAUUAGCAAACGACCUAUGUCUAUUCCACCACGCGACCACCGCCGGUCCCCACUCCCACGUCUCCUGAUCUAAAAAAACCUUCCCGGCGAUUAGAAGUCCGUCCGGCACGCUUUAUCAUAAGAAAUCGUCUUUCUUCUCUCUCUUCUAAUCCACGGUUGUUCUGCGGCGGAGUACGGUGGUUGUGGAUGGCAAGAGCCAAUAAGUACACCGCUAUUAACUUCAACGACAUCUAUGAAAACAAAACAACCUCCACCGUCAACAACCAUCGCCGGUCUUCAUCAUCGACAACCACCGCCACUCCAGGUAACAAAACCAUUCUCUCAAAUUCACGCAUCCAUGGCAACAUGCUUGUCCUGAACCUCCCUUCUCCCAAAUCCGUCAUUCCACAUCCGCAACCUUCCCCCGCAGCUGCCGUUCAGCAACCGGAUCCGGAGGAUUCCAUUUCCCUCCGACCCCUCGGCCGAACCGGGACCGGUCCACCACUUUCUCCCUUGGCCUCUCCCGGCGGACAGAAUAAGAACUUGCCGGUGUCGCCGAAAACGAAUAAAUUUGUUCCGCCGCAUCUUCGUCCUGGUUUUGUCGGACGGGAGGAUAAGCAAAACGGAUCUGGUUCCCGGUUGAAUCUCCGUCAAGUGUCAUUUGAAUCUCCGAAGGAAGAAGAAAGACCAAAAUCCGGCGGUGGGUAUGAGAGAUUAAGGAGGGGAUCUGAGGUUGAUCCGGUGGGAAUAAAUCGGUCCAGAUCUAUCGGGUCACCACGACCCAAUUCGAGUGGCUAACUUGAUUUCAUAUUAGAAGGCGUUGUAAGUUUUCACUUGGGCAAUUCAUGAAAUUUGAGAAGUUUAUGGUGUUUAUGGAGGUUCAUUUCACCUACAAUACGCACAAGAAAUCAAGAAUCGUUAUCUACAAUACGUACAAGAAAUCAAGAAUCGUUUUCUGCUUUUUGUUGUUUUUGUUGUUUAUAUGCUGCAAUGUCAAUUAUUAUGGUUUGUAUUACAAUAGUUUUAUGGAGAUAUAUAUAUAUCCUACAAGUUACAAUCAA